AUGUUCGUAGAUGGAUCAAGCAACACAGAGGUUAGGGGAGCUGGUUUCAUCCUAACAAGCCCAGAAGGCUUCAAGAUACAGUUCGCACUAUGGCUGAGCUUCCUUGCCUCGGAUAAGGAGGCCGAGUACGAAGCAUUGAUUGCAGGACUGAGGACUGCCAGGGCCAUACAGGUCAAAAGGCUGACCGUACGGGCUGACUCGCAAUUGAUCGUGAAUCAGGUCAACGGAGACUAUGAGGCCAAGGACAAUCGAAUGGCAGCAUAUUUGAAAGAAGCCAAGAAGUUAGUAGGCUCGUUCGGGACGUUCCAGAUAUGUAGAGUGCCACGCAGCGAGAACGAGAAAGCAGACACGCUCUCACGACUAUCCAAAGAAGAGUUAGCCCAACUCUAUGUAUCAGUGUAUAUUGAGCAGCUCGAUGCACCUGCCCACUUAGUUCGAGAGGUCGCGCAGGCCGAGAUCGAGCCCAGCUGGAUGGACCCAAUUAUCGCGUACUUACGAGAUGAUGUCUUACCAAAACAUAAAGUCAAAGCCCAUAAGGUUCACGAUCGAGCAGCACGGUAUACGCUGAUAGAGAACGAGCUAUACAAAAGGUCAGUUUUGGGUCCGUUGCUGAAAUGUCUGACCCCCACACAUGCUCUGAACGCCCUAGUCGAAGUGCAUCAAGUCAUAUGUGGCAGUCAUAUGGGGGGAAGGCAUCUGGCUUACAAAAUACUGAGAGCAGGGCUCUACUGGCCCAACAUGCAAAAGGAGGCGAUUCAGUACGUAAGAAGAUGCGAGCCGUGCCAAAAGUUUGCAGACGUACCACAACAACCCGCUACAGAACUAACUUCCAUACUUAGUCCAAUCCCCUUCGCCAUGUGCGGGAUGGAUAUACUGGGCAACUUCACCCCGGCCUCAGGGGGAAGAAAAUAUCUCGUGGUCGCCGUAGAUUACUUCACCAAAUGGGUAGAGGCAGAACCGUUAGCAAAGAUUACGCGGCAACAGAUGGAAAAAUUCUUUAGAGAUAGAAUUAUCUAUAGAUUCGGCCUACCAAAGAUAAUGGUGACAAACAACGGGAAGCAGUUUGACAACCCAUAG